CUGGGUUUUAUUGGGACACGCCGGCAAGACGCCUCUUCAGUUUUCUGCUCCUCAGAGCAAAGGGGCGGUUGGUGCGGCCUCCAUUGUUCGGGUUUUUAGCAGCCAUGAGGGGUGACAGAGGCCGUGGUCGUGGUGGGCGCUUUGGUUCCAGAGGAGGCCCAGGAGGAGGGUUCAGGCCCUUUGUACCACAUAUCCCAUUUGACUUCUAUUUGUGUGAAAUGGCCUUCCCCCGGGUCAAGCCAGCACCUGAUGAAACUUCCUUCAGUGAGGCCUUGUUGAAGAGGAAUCAGGACCUGGCUCCCAAUUCUGCUGAACAGGCGUCUAUCCUUUCUCUGGUGACAAAAAUAAACAAUGUGAUUGACAAUCUGAUUGUGGCUCCAGGGACAUUUGAAGUGCAAAUUGAAGAAGUUCGACAGGUGGGAUCCUAUAAAAAGGGGACGAUGACUACAGGACACAAUGUGGCUGACCUGGUGGUGAUACUCAAGAUUCUGCCAACAUUGGAAGCUGUUGCUGCCCUGGGGAACAAAGUCGUGGAAAGCCUAAGAGCACAGGAUCCUUCUGAAGUUUUAACCAUGCUGACCAAUGAAACUGGCUUUGAAAUCAGUUCUUCUGAUGCUACAGUGAAGAUUCUCAUUACAACAGUGCCACCCAAUCUUCGAAAACUGGACCCAGAACUCCAUUUGGAUAUCAAGGUAUUGCAGAGUGCCUUAGCAGCCAUCCGACAUGCCCGCUGGUUUGAGGAAAAUGCUUCUCAGUCCACAGUUAAAGUUCUCAUCAGACUACUGAAAGACUUGAGGAUUCGUUUUCCUGGCUUUGAGCCCCUAACACCCUGGAUCCUUGACCUACUAGGUCAUUAUGCUGUGAUGAACAACCCCACCAGACAGCCUUUGGCCCUAAACGUUGCAUACAGGCGCUGCUUGCAGAUUCUGGCUGCAGGACUGUUCCUGCCAGGCUCAGUGGGUAUCACUGACCCCUGUGAGAGUGGCAACUUCAGAGUACACACAGUCAUGACCCUAGAACAGCAGGACAUGGUCUGCUAUACAGCUCAGACUCUCGUCCGAAUCCUCUCACAUGGUGGCUUUAGGAAGAUCCUUGGCCAGGAGGGUGAUGCCAGCUAUCUUGCUUCUGAAAUAUCUACCUGGGAUGGAGUGAUAGUAACACCUUCAGAAAAGGCUUAUGAGAAGCCACCAGAGAAGAAGGAAGGAGAGGAAGAAGAGGAGAAUACAGAAGAACCACCUCAAGGAGAGGAAGAAGAAAGCAUGGAAACUCAGGAGUGACCUUACCUUCCCUUGACUGGAGCCUAAGCUCGCUGCUACUGGGCUUUACAUGGUGGUAGACAUUUCUGAGGGAUAGGGAAGAUAACAGGAAGGAAAGUAAACUCCAUAGAAGUGUCAUUCCACUGAGUUUUGAUAGAGGCUUAGCAGCCAGUUUCCCAUUUGUGACCUGCCAUCCAUCUAUAAUGAAUGAGGAUACCAACAUUUCCUCCUAAUACUCUAGGAUCCCCAAGUCCUGAAAACCCCUCUCUCAACUAAUACUUUGCUGUUGAAAUGUUGUGAACUGUUAAGUGUCUGGAAAUUUUUUUUCUAAGAAAAACGAUUAAAGUACUUCCUAGUAGGGCUCUUGGUCUCGUUGGUUGGUUUUUUUUUUUUUCCUCCUUUGCAUGUGGCAACCUUUUUUGCUUCCUUUUGCCUUGUAUACUCUUGUUGAGUCUUUUAAUUAUAAAUAUUCAGCUCACAAUUUGAAGCUAUCUUUGAAUUAAAGUACAAACUCCUGGAACCUUUCCAUAUACCAGAGUACAGUAGAAUACUGUUUUAAGUAUUUAUUGAAUAAAAUGAUUCUAUCAAUACUGCUAUUGUAUUCAAGCCAGUGCAAUAAAAAAGUGGGUAGACAGUCAUUCACUUUGACUUUGCCUGCCCUCUCCAAAUCCCCAGUGUAAACAGGAAAAUGAGAAGUCACAGGUAGAGGACAUGCUGUCCAGGCCCAUGUAACCAGACAUGUAACAUACAAAGGAAGCCCCUCUGGUUAACUAGGCCUGAAGAAGGUAAGCCUCAAGUAUGCAGCUU